AUGGUGCUACAUCUCUCGUGUCCUGCUCUGCCAGUACCGCCAUCAUGGUUUCCCGGACACAUGAACAGGUUUACGAAGCAGUUGCCUUCGAUGUUGUCCCGUACGCACGUUGUCAUCGAGGUUAGAGAUGCUCGGCUUCCUCUGACCAGUAUUAAUCGUAAACUUCAAGGCAAGUGCAAUUAUAUGCUCCAUGAGUGGAGAGAAAAGGCGCGAACGAGUAACCGAAUGUGCCAACAUGUUAUUCUCCUUAACAAAGCGGACCGUGUCCCCGAGUGGGGUAUCCCACCCUUCCUGUCGGUGAUGAAAGACAAAUAUCCGGAACAAGAUUUUCAUUUCACUUCGUUGAAGGAGCCCGCUAAUCUCAAGCGGAUAUACCGGAUACUCUCCGACCUAGGAAAACAUCAUCGAUGGUUCGAAGGCAUGAACGUCCUUAUUGUCGGCAUGCCGAACGUGGGCAAAUCAUCUUUACUAAACGCUCUCCGCAAUACGGGGAUUAAAGGGCGAACUCCCAAAGCCGUGCGAACGGGGGCUAAUCCGGGAGUAACACUAUCUCUGUCUAACAGGAUAAAAAUCCUUGAGAAUCCUCUGGUGUACGCCUUUGACUCACCUGGAAUGAUGUUACCAUUCCUGGGCCACGGACCAGCAGGUGCCGAGCGAGGUGCCAAGCUCGCUUUGAUUGCGGGGAUCAAAGAAGGUCUAUACCAAACUGAAACGCUUGCUGAAUAUCUCCUGUACAAACUUAAUAUCCUGAAUUCCAUCUCGCCGAACUAUUUAUCCGUCCUGCCAUCAGGAUCAAAGCCGACGGCGGAUGUGUGGGAAUUCCUUUCGCUGUUAGCUCAGCGGAUGGGGAUGCUUGCCGGACGCGGGGAAUAUGAUUUACAGCGUGCGGCAACUUUUUUCAUUGACUGGUGGCGCAACAAAGGCGGUCUCGCCGAACACUCCGGCGAAGGAUCUUAUGGAUGGGGGUUUGAUUUUCAAUGGUCUGUUCCCGCAGGCGGAGAGAGAGAUCUGCGGCAAUUGAUGCAGACGAGUCUCGCUCAGUUCGAUGCGCAGGUGGAGCUGGAAGAGGAGGAAGGUAAUAUGAUCAGUGACACGCAGAAGGAAAGAAUAGUAGCGGAGGAAAGGAAAAAGCAGAAAUUAAAGAAACUGAUGGAGCAGGACAAAGACCAACGGUCACGGAGAUUGUUCACAAAGCCACAGCGCCGUCGAUAG